CAUUGAAUAUGCAUUCGACGACGAACAACCACAAAUUGAUCACUGAACUGACGAGUCGUCAGUGACAACAUGGUGACAACAAAUGACAAAUCCAAAUCUUUUCAUUAAGGUUCGGACUUGUGUUGUGGCUGUGGAGUGACCGACGUCGAAUGCAUACUCAACAACAGUCGAUAUGCCGCAUCAUAAUUAUUAUGAUAAUUGGCCAAAAAUGUCACAAGUUAAUAAUUGUCUCCCGUCUGCACCCUGCUCGGAGGAACAACUGAAGAUGCAACGUUCUCAAAUGGCGGACGAGCUGUACCACUUGCUGGAUUAUCGGCAGCUUGUCCUCGAGAUAAUUUUGGACGGGAAGAAGAUUACUCGGAUAGUGUGCGAGCUACGAAUGUCUCUCUUUGUGAAGGCGGUCAUGAUGAGUGACCAGCGACCACAAUGCCUCAUGCCUUUCCCCUCGAGUUUUUUUAAUCCGGUCACGAAGGAGAAACAAUUCGGCCUUCUGAAGGAAACUAUUGCGGUUAUCCCUCCCCUCCAGGACAUUACGGAGGAUAAGCAGCUUCCUCGGAUGGCCUGGGAACUUCUUCACUGGGUAUUCACUAAUCCCCUGACGAUUGAAGCAAUAACGGAGAACAUUCCUGCAACACUGGAAGCCCUAAAAUUGCAGAUGAAUUUGACCGACAUUAGCCCCAGAUUUAUCACCUCGGCAGAGCCCUUCCUCCUCUUCAAGGUGACUCCGUCCGUUCCCAAAACGAGUUUUGACGCCGAGAAGGUCACACAUGGAAGCUUCUUCGCGUAUCAUGGCUCGCCGUUGGAAAAUUUCCACUCCAUCAUUCAUCGCGGGCUGAAAAACGAGCUAAAUAUUAGAAAGGCGUACGGCCACGGAACUUAUCUCAGUUCAACUCUCAAAGUUUCGAAAGGUUAUAGUACCGGAUCUGAAGCAUGGGGGCACAGCGCUUUGAUGACGCCCCACGUAGAUGUAGGUUUGGAGCUUCUUCGGAAGGAGCAUCUGCAAUGCGUUGCAAUUGUGGAGGUGGUCAACCAUCCAAACCUCAAGAAGCACAAGGUUGGUGGAGACGGGACUCAUUACUAUGUCGUGGAGAAAGAUGAAUGGCUCCAAUUGUCUCAUUUAAUUGUUUAUGUCAUAUCUCAUUUUAUGUGAAGCAAUGUGAAGAGCAUAUGUAUGUAUUGACACAAAGUACUAUUAAGAGUUAGUUACUAUCGUCAAUUUUACGGAUGUUGUGACUUGUAUUAAACGAAGCAGAGAAUAAGUGCCAAUUCACUAUUAUUAUAAUAUACAACUUAAAUAAACCUACAGUGCAGAAUUGACUUUCAGGGUAAAAUUAUUGUCAAGUAUUAUAUUCUAUGUAAUUAAUUAAUGGAUGGGUUAAAUGUGGUGACCUAUUUUUAAUGAGGAUUAAAGCCAGAAUUUUAGUGCUGUCGUGUGAUGUAACCUAACUAUGUGCACACCAUGAUAACCUUGUCGUGAACCAUCAAGUAUUUCCUAUUUUUGUAAUUUUAUAGUAUAAUUAAUAGAUAAUUAGCCUUAGUCCGACGUAGAGUUCUUUUUGAAAACUAAUCCAAUUAUAAGUUUGAGAAUAUUAUGACUGAGUAAAGAAUCUGACAAAUUACAUAUAAAUAAAUAAAUCAUUCCAUCAAAA